UUUUUUUUUUAUACAUUUCUAAGAACAAAAAUGGCAACUUACUGUUUACAAUUUCUGAAACGUGGCUUUAAAAUGUGACUGACUUUGUUAAACUUAAACAAAUUGCAAAAUGGAUGAAUUAGCUCUUCAAGGUCUUGCGUCAUUAGUGUUGGUAGCAGAUGCAGAAGCCCAAGCUAGAGCUGCACAGUUUGUUGAGCAGUUGAAACAAUCAGCUGAUGGCUGGAAAAUUUGUGCUCAAGGAUUUACAUGUGGAUCCUAUCACCAGAAUGAUCAUGUGAAGUUCUUUUGUUUGCAAGUCUGUGAAUAUUAUGCAAGAUCUGGAUAUCUGGCUGCCAACCCCGAAAAUGUUGCCACUAUGAAAAGUUUUCUUUUAACCUGUCUGGAAAUGGAGUCCAAUGUGGCCACUCAGAGUAAAACUUUCAUUAGGAACAAGUUGGCCCAGUUAGUCUCAUUAGUUUUUAUAACAGACUUCCAGCACAGGUGGCCACUGUUUUUCACUGAUAUCCUGUCAACUUUAAGUCGAGGUCCUUUGGCGGUGGAUAUGUACCUACGUAUUCUUAUGGCCAUAGAUGCAGAGGUUGUGGACAGGGACAUUGCACACACUCAAGAGGAAGCCCAAAGGAACAGUAUGAUUAAAGAUGCUAUGAGGGAAAGGUGUGUCAAUGCCUUAGCAGACUCUUGGUAUCAGGUUAUGACAACAUACGACACCACGCAGCCUGAUGUUGUGUCCCUGUGCCUGGAGGUGACAGGGCGCUAUGUCUCUUGGAUGGACAUCGGCUACUUUGCCAAUGACCGCAUGGUUGAGCUCUUGCUCAAGUUUCUUAAAGUAGAGAAUCUUAGGGAGAGUGCUUGUGACUGUGUCCAUGAGAUUAUCAGUAAAGGCAUGGAGCCGGUGGCUAAAACUAGCUUGAUAGAAUCCUUUAUGACCGUGCUCGACUCCGCAGGAAUAUUUAAAACUGAGGAUGAUGACUGUGAGUUUUUAUGUAAACUUUCUAAACUUAUUAAUGGAGUUGGCCUAGGGCUAAUAGCUAGCUGGCAGAAAUUAUCCAAAAAUGGCAUGUGCAAAAACUCAGAAGCCACCAUGAGAGCCCUGGAGUCUAAAAUUCCUUAUAUGUUGAGGUAUCUGGGUGAUGAGGAUGAUGAUGUGUCUGACUAUGUUAUAGAGUUUGCCACAGAGUACAUUGCCCUAGUGAAGUCUUUGCCAUCGAUGAGUCAGAUUCAUAAAAAACACAUUGAGGGUCUCCUGUUCACUAUAAUCAAGAAAAUGAAAUAUGACUCAGGAUACAAUUUUGAAAAGGAGGGUGAAGAAGAGGCAGAGUUUCAAGAAUACAGAAAACAAGUCAGAGUCAUUUUUAACAACAUAGCAAGCUUGGACACUCAGAUGAUCCUUAUACAAGUUCAUGAGCUUGUAUCACAAACAUUACCCCGCUGGGAGUCUCUGGAUUUCAGGGAUGUGGAGAUAGCUAUUACUCUUUUGUACAGUCUUGGUGAAGCUUUACCUGCUGCUCAUGGGCAACAUUUCAGUGGGAAUCCUGAAAAAGCAUCAGCUUUACAAAACAUGAUGAGAAUUUUAAUUACUAGUCAAGUGAGCAGAAAAGGCCAUAUUGCAGUUUUGCUUCAAUUUUUUGAAACAGUUGUACGUUAUGAUCGAUUCUUUGUCUGUGAAUCACAGCAUAUUCCUCCAGUCCUGAUGGCAUUCCUUGAUGAAAGAGGCUUGCGACAUCCAUCUGCUAAAGUCAGGAGUCGAGUGGCCUACCUUUUCCUGAGAUUUGUUAAAAGUACCAAAACUCACCUUACUCCAUAUUUAGAAGAUGUUCUAAAACAGAUGCAGGACCUCCUCCAGGUUCAUUCUCCAGAUAAUGGUCUGAUCCAUUCUCUGUCUGACAGUGACCAGUUAUUUAUUUAUGAGACAGCCAGUACAUUGAUAGUGUCUAGUUCUGUAGAACCAGAAAAAAAACAGGCACUUAUGAAACAGCUUCUGUUGCCCAUCGCUACGAAGUUUAAUAUAAUGUUGAGUAGGCUAACAGAAGAACGAGAUGAAAAAAGACAACAGGAAUAUGCUGAGUGUAUUCAUAAUGCAAUAGCGUUGGCCAGUCGAGCCAGCAAAGGUUUCUCUGGCCAACAGACAAUGAAGCAGUGUGGUUGUGUCACAGCAUUCACAGAACUGUUGUCCAUCUUCCUUGCUGCUCUAGAGGUCACCAAUCAAAGAGCCUCCUUACAUCAAGGAGUCCGGCAGUACCUCCACAGAAUGGUUGUUUGUUUGGAAGAAGAAAUAAUGCCAUUUUUACCAGAAGCAAUGGAAAGAUUGUUGAAACAGCCUGAUGCUAGAGAGCUGUAUGACUUCUUGCCUCUUGUCAAUCAAGUCAUCAUGAAAUUCAAGGCUAACAUAACUCCUUUCCUUACUCAAGUUUUUAUGCCCCUUGUUGUGACCAUCUAUCAAGUUCUAAAUACACCAGUGGACCUAAAUGACCAUUGUUCAGCCGAAGAGAAAAAAUUGCUUCAGAGAGGCUACUUUCUGCUUCUGGCUACCAUUGUAUGCAACUGUAUAGAUGUAUUGAAAGCUCAAGAUAUGCAAAAUUUAAAUCAAGUUUUAAUGUCAUUAAUUCAAGGUGCUGUUGACCUGCCAGAUCCACAGAGCCAAAAAUGUUGUUUUUCAACACUAAAAAAGUUGAUUGAACUUUGGGGUGGUAAAGAAGCUCUGCCUGGGUUCCCAGAAUUUAUUUAUAAGGAGAUUGUACCUGCCUGCUUUAUGGCUCCCAUGAAACCAACAUUUGACCUGGCAGAUGGACAAACUACUUUGGUGUUAGGAGAGUCUGCCUUGUGUAUGCAAGAGAUACUUCAACAAAGGGGAGUAGAAUUUUUAGAGUUUUUAAAGUCAGACUUCUUUCCUUCAAAGGGGAUAAGUGCAGAGAGUGGUGAAUGUUACUUGGUCAACUUACAGACUGGCAUUAAACCUUAUAGAACCUGGUUAAAGAAAUUCUUUAUGCAGGCCAAGUCAUGACCCAGAAAGAAGCCUAGAACUUGUACACUUUUCAAUUAUUCUGAAGCAUUGCUUCAGUGGUUGUUGUAUAUAAUUGUUACAUAACUGUAUCAUAUUACAUCAUUGCCAUUCAUCACAUUAAGGACAUUGUUUUAAAGCAAAAACUGGUGUCAUUAAGUUAUGGUGUGUGCAUGUGUGUGCUGUUGUGACAUUGGAAUUGCUUUUGUUGCCACCAGUUGUCAUUGAAAGACUUUCUAAUUUGUUUUACUAAUGAAGUUUGAGGCAUUUUAAAAAAAAUAAUUAGAGCUUAUUUAAGCAACUGGUUAGGUAAAAAGGAGUAUUGUGUGUAAUUAGUCAAAUUUCAUUUCCUUUUUUUUUUUCUUUAUAUUCUUGCAUCUAUAGUUAAAACACUAUAAUGUGCUUUUUCAUGACAUUAACAAUCCAGUGGCAUUUUUAUAUAUGUCUGAUAGUGAAGAGAGAGAAAGAUAAUGGAAUUCUUUAAUUAAUUUUAGGGUUAAUAAAAUGUUACAUUUCUCAAUUUGCACUUUGUUUUAAUUGGAAAGGAAAGUUUCCUUUGUGCAUUAGACUGAAAGUUGAUUGUGUGACAAAAAUGAAAUAAGUUAUUCUAAAAUUGAAUAUUACCCAGAAAUCGUUAUGACUAGAGCACUUGGUGAAUGUUUGUUUUUAGGGUAAUAUAUGUUAAAGAAAUUUAACAAUUUUUGUUUUCAUGUAAAACAAAGUAAAUCUUUUUAUUUUAAUUUCCAAUGUUAGUGAGAGAUCUCAGCACUAUUUAUUUUUGCUCAGAAAGUUUUUUUUCUUGUUUUAUUAUGGCAGACUUGGGGCAAUAAGUGCAGAAGUAGAACUAUGGGCAUAAUAAUUAAAAUAUUAAAAAGCAUUUUUUUUUUUUAAUUUGGCAUUAGUGACACUUGUAACCAAAAUAGUCCUUUUUUUUAAAUUGAACUAUUUUUUUCAUAAAUUGAAAUAAAUGAUUCAAAAAAUAAAAUAUUGUUUUUUUUUAAA